GGUGUCUUCACUGCUGGUGCAUUAUGGGUCAGUGGAGGCCUGUGUCUAACCUGAGAGUUCAGGUAUCUCGACACCCUCCUGUAGUUGUGUUCUUCCUCAGUCUACUAAUCAUCUCCAUAACUUUCGUCUGCAUUGGACUUUACUCUCAGGAUCACGACAUCAGGAACCCUGACAUAAGUGUAGACUGGAACCGGGUUCUGGGGUCUGUCGCUGGUUUUAAGUUCUGCACACAUCUGAAUGACACAGAUGCACCGCUGGAGGAAGACUCUCCCCGAAUGGUGAAGCAUUCAGAAAGGACAAAUAUUUCCAGGAGGAGUGCUCAUGUUUCCUUACUGGUGCCUUUGGCAUUUAUAGGGGACGUCCCAGAUAAUACUGCCAUUAGUGCCACAAUGUUGGGCAGCCAGCUGGGCAUGAAAGGGGCUGCAGCGAAAGCAUCCGUCAAUAUAUCUCUGCUCCUGCACACUGACAUUUCCAACGAUCAAACUCCUGCUGGGACGCAGACCAGUCGACCCCUGACCUGUCUUCAUUUCACUGCCCUGACCCAUGUUCUCCCCCAAACGCCGUCACCUCCAGAAUGCCCAGUCGCAGAGAACGAAGACAAGAGCGCCGCACCUGUCAGAGCUGUUGCUGUAGAAACAUACAAGCACAAUUCUCCACACUGCUUCAGUCUGGAGUUCACACCAGAUCCACACCUGACGGUCCUGCUCACUAAGGUAGAACAACAGUUAGCUAAAUAG